UCCACUCUCCUCCGCGCCGCGCCGCUGGAGACAGCGCUGCAUCUCCCGAGGACUUCACUGCCUGCUUUCUAAUAAAUAUUUUAUUGGGACACACAUAUAUAUAUAUAUAUAUAUAUAUAAAUAAAACUGAAGACCGACUCCUAAAAUAACCACAACUGAGAACCAGCCAAGAGCCUCCUAAAAACCAUGGACCUCUUGAACCUCACUGCCGACGCCCUACUGCAGCUCUCCGACUCCACACCCUGCCCCUUCCCGGACAACCUGACCUCCCGGAACUGCACGGAGGGGGCCCCCGGGGGCCCCAGCGUGAGCGGGGUCCUGCUCCCCCUCAUCUACUUGACGGUGUGCGUCGUCGGGCUGGGCGGGAACACGCUGGUCAUCCACGUGGUCCUCCGCUACUCCAGAACGGAGACCGUCACCAACAUCUACAUCCUGAACUUGGCCCUGGCCGACGAGCUCUUCAUGCUGGGCUUGCCCUUCCUGGCCGUGCAGAACGCCCUCUCCUACUGGCCCUUCGGCACCCACAUGUGUCGCCUGGUCAUGACCGUGGACGGGAUCAACCAGUUCACCAGCAUCUUCUGCCUGACCGUCAUGAGCAUUGACCGCUACCUGGCCGUGGUCCACCCCAUCCGGUCCUCCAAGUGGAGGAAGCCCCGGGUGGCCAAGGCGGUCAACGCCACGGUGUGGGCCGUCUCUUUUGUGGUGGUCCUGCCCGUGGUGGUCUUCGCGAACGUCCCCGCAGGCCUGGGGGUCUGCAACAUCGACUGGCCCCAGCCGGCGGACGUCUGGCGGGCCACUUUCAUCGUCUACACCUCCACUCUGGGCUUCUUCGGCCCCUUGCUGGUCAUCUGCCUGUGCUACCUGCUGAUCGUGGUGAAGGUGCGCAGUGCCGGGAAGAAGGUGGGCACAGCGGCCUCUUCCAAGCGCAAGAAGUCGGAGCGGAAAGUCACCAGGAUGGUGGUCACCGUGGUGGCUCUCUUCGUCCUCUGCUGGCUGCCCUUCUACGCCCUGAACAUCGUCAACCUGGUGGUCUCGCUGCCCGGGGAGCCCCGGGGGGUCUACUUCUGCGUGGUGGCGCUGUCGUACGCCAACAGCUGCGCCAACCCCUUCGUCUACGCCUUCCUGUCGGAGAACUUCAAGAGAGGCUUCCGCAGGGCCCUCUGCCGCCGCGCCUCCAGGAAGGUGGAGAGCCGGGAGGUGCGGAACGGGGAGCCCGGGAAGAGGGAGGAGGAGGAGGAGCGAGGGCAGGAAGGAGGAGAGGGGGGAGGAGGAGGAGGGGAAGAGGAAGAGGAGGAGGAGGAGGAAGCCACAGAGAUGACACAGAUCUGCGGGAUCGCCCAGAACGGGAACGGACGCAGGACGCUGCUGCUUCAAGGGACAGGUACCACCGGGGCGUCCCCCACGACGGACCCCAGCGGGAAGAGUUUGGGGGUCCCCGGGGCCGCGCGGCCCCCCUCGACUGCGCCGGCCCCCCUGAACGGGAUCGUGAAAGCCGCCGACGAGCCUCCAGCGGGAGAGAAGAGCGCCCUGCUGGAGAUCAGCUGUCUGUAACGCCUGGGUCUCCGGCGCAGCGGGGCCCGGCCUCCAGAACGAGACGGAGGGAGGGAGACGCAGGCUGGGGGUCCUGAACACAGCUUCAGAUUGUCUCCAGAGAUGAGAUGGAGGAGGAGAGAGGCGGCGCAGACAGACUGACUGAGAUACAGACUGACAGAGAGACGGACUGACAGAGAGACAGACAGACAGACACACAGAGAUACAGACACAUAGAGAGACAGGCUGAGAUACAGACAGACACAGAGAUACAGAGAUAGACAGACAGAUACAGACUGACAGACUGAGAUACAGACACAGAGAUACAGACAGACUGACAGACAGACACAGAUACAGACAGACAGAUACACAGAGAUACAGACUGACAGACAGACAGACACAAACAGACAGAUACAGACAGACUGACAGACAGAGAUACAGAGACAGACAGACAGACACACACACAGAGAUACAGACAGAUAGACAAAGAUACAGACAGACACAGAGAUACAGACACACAGAUACAGACAGACAGAUACACGGAGAUACAGACUGACAGACAGACAGACACAGACAGACUGACAGAGAUACAGAGACAGACAGACACAAACAAACAGACAGACACACAGAUACAGACAGACACACAGAGAUACAGACACACAGAGAUACAGACAGACAGAUACACAGAGAUACAGACUGACAGACAGACAGACACAAACAGACAGACACACAGAUACAGACAGACUGACAGACAUAGAUACAGAGACAGACAGACACAAACAAACAGACAGACACACAGAUACAGACAGACUGACAGACAGAGAUACAGAGACAGACAUACAGACACACAGAGAUACAGACAGACACACAGAGAGACAGACUGACAGACAGACAGAGAUUGUAUUAAUACUUGUACUGUGAUUCUUGAUAUGUAUGUUUUUGUAUAGCGCUGUAAUUUGCCCUGGAUAGGAGUGUCUGCUAAGAAAUAAAUAAUAAUAAUAAUACAGACAGACUGACAGAGAUACAGACAGACAGAGAGACAGGGGAGGAGGGGGGGAGGGAAAGAGACAGACAGACAGACAGACAGACAUACUUUCCCCUUCCUCUGCAGGGCUGGGUUCCAGUCCAUCUCUGUGUUUACUCUGAGCUCGAUAUGAACACAGAUAUGAGGACAAAGCUCCUUAUUUCACUUUCGUGUCUAAACAAAUCAAUGCAACGCCUGCAUUCAAUGUAAUACAAUGUGAUAUAAAUACUGCGUAUGUAACACUGUAUGCACACCAAGAAUCACCCUGCAAAAUGAACUGAUUCACCUGGCUAUGACCACGGCUCCCAGCAAAAUCAAAGAGAAUUGAUGUUUUAAAAACCUUGUUUUUUUUUUCUUUGGUAACUUUCACCGCUGUACAUGAUGUAUCGUAAUAGAGGUCUGUAUCGCUUGUGAUACGAGACCACAGCAUAAAGAACUACAGCUCCCAGCAUGCCUCACCAUGGCCGCGGGUGCAGAGGCAUGCUGGGAGCCGUAGUCCUAGCCAGCAAGUUCAUUCUGCAGGGUGCUGAUGCAAAACCUUUGACCACAGCUCUACAUUACUUUUUAAAGUUAUUAUUAAACCAGUUUAUUUAUUUUGCUAAAGGAGGUGCUGGCUUAGGAUUAGAAACUGAAGGACAUCUUUUAUCUGUUAUUUAAAUACAUAGGCUUGCUGGUCCCAGCGGUUAGAGAAAGGGGGUCUUGAUACCAGGAGGUUCAAAUCCCGGCUGAGCCACUGACUCCCUGUGUGUGUGUGUGUGUGUGUGUGUGUGUGUGUGUGUGUGUGUGUGUGUGUGUGUGUGUGUGUGUGUGUGUGUGUGUGUGUGUGCGUGCGUGUGCGUGCGUGUGACCCUGAGCGAGUCGCUUCACCUCCUUGUGCUCCGUCCUUCGGAUGAGACGUCAAACAAACGAGCUCCUAUUGGAAGUGACUCUGCAGCAGCCACUGACUCCCUGUGUGUGUGUGUGUGUGUGUGCGUGUGUGUGUGUGCGUGUGUGUGACCCUGAGCGAGUCGCUUCACCUCCUUGUGCUCCGUCCUUCGGAUGAGACGUCAAACAAACGAGCUCCUAUUGGAAGUGACUCUGCAGCAGCAGCAGCAGUUGUUGAUGAUGUUCACCCCCCUAGUCUCUGGAAGUCGCUUUGGGAGAAAAAGCCUCCUUCUGAACGACUCAUUAAUAACUAAUAACACGUGUUUCUUUCCAAACUGCACCUUUGGGAGCUGUGUGGGGCAUGGAAACAAGCGAGGUUGAUGGUAUUAUGACUUUACAGAGAGGAUCACACAUGCAAAGCUGUGUGUGUUUCUUGCAGUGGUCAUUUCCCGUACUGUAGAUUUUUGUUCAAAGAGACUGGAUAUGUUGAUGGAAGGUGUUUCAAUUCCUUAUGUUGUUGUUAAUUUGUCGUUUGUACAGUUUCUGGUUUUGCCAAUAAAUAAAUAUAUAUAUA